AUGAGCUUUGGCAUGCACGGAAAUUUGGGUGUCGAGUAUGACGGCGACACGCGGAUCGGGGACGUUGACGGGGAGGUGUGGGCGUGUCGCGAUAAGACCCCCGCUUCAGUCCAAGGGGGUGAAGGGACUAGUGCAGCGGCGGGUGAGGUUAACGAGAAAAGGCACAGCCCGGGUCUUCUUGAAGCAGUCAAGAACGAGUGGGCAGAACGACGGAAAGGUGGUGAACGAACAGCACCCGAUGAAGAUCGUUCACAACCCAAGCAGCGACCCUCCUCGCCUCGUUCUCGCCGCGUGGGCAUCGUCUUUUCACCUCAAAAUUACAAACGCCCACACUCCCUGCUCGACUUGAAGGACGCAGCUCGUAUCUGCGGCAAUUGCAGCCUGAGCUCCAACGACAUCUGCAAUAGUAGCCCCACUCCUACUAUUGCUAAUCCUCCGGUCAUUCCUCCUCGCUCUCCACUUCGACCAAUCUCCUUACGCUACCAAGAACUUCAGGAUCCCUCAAACACCGCCCCGGCUCCUACCCCGGCAAGUCAGCUCAUAAAUUUGGACGUACCGCUUGACACAGACGCCCGUGGUCACCAAAUGGACACCGUACAAUCUUUACGCACCUCAAAAGAGAUGCUUCGGAGACACAGCUUGGGAUCACUCACUGCCAUCCUUGAUUCGCUCGCCGCGGACCCAACAACUUUCCACGACAAAGAGUUGCCCUUGCCACCAGACUACGACGACGAUCUCUCUAGAACUACUCAAAGUGAUAGCGACGAGGACGAUUCAGACCCAGACGUUGACCCGGAUUCACCCAGCGAAGUUCUCGCACAGGAACUUGGUGUCUCCGUUAGCCCUACGCCCCCUGCCGACGCUGUCACCCUCAACUCCGGUCAACACACUGUCAUGACCAAACGAAUGCACGCGCUCUUUGAGUUGCUGUCAUCAGAACGCGCUUAUGCGUCUGAUCUCGCUCUGAUCCGUGAUAUCCACAUCCCACUUGCACUAGGCAGGCAUCCCUUUGUCAACCACCGCCAUUCAGUCCAACUGGGUCUGGGAGCCCGCCGCUAUUCCCAUCUGGCUCAGGAUCUGGCUCAUCAUCACGAACACUUGGCCCUCCCAUGUCACGGGAAGACGUACGGACACAUCUUUGGCAACAUCGAGGACCUUGCGGUCUUUGCCGACCGCUUUGUAGGUCUCCUGGAAAAGGCGAUUGGUGGUGCCAUAGACAACGGAAAUAGUGACGAUAGGGUGGGCACCUUGUUCCUGGAGAUAAUCCCGUCUCUAGAGCCCCCUUACAAAACAUACAUCACUCGUCAUCCGACUGCUUUGGCCCACUUGAACUCCCUUCCCCCGUCUCCGGCCUUAUCUGCUUAUCUCUCCCAAACUCGCACGCUUGCCUCAUCUCUGACUCACGCAUGGGAUUUGCCUUCUCUGCUCAUCAAACCCGUGCAGCGGCUCCUCAAAUAUUCACUUCUCUUGGGAGCUAUUAUUGACGCAACGCCUGACAAUCAUGGAGACCGUGCGGCCCUUGUUGAAGCCAAGCAAAAAAUGGAAGACGUGGCACGAAGCGUCAAUGAAGAACGCCGACGGUGGGAGGUCGUUCGCGAAGUCCUUGGCGAUUCAGCUUUCCAAAACACGAAUGGGAAAUCCAAGAAAGGUUCCAACGGUGUCAGCGUGGGAAUGGUUAUGACCGGCACGGCCCAUCUUGGUCGAAUGAAAACCUUACGCCCGUCCAAAACGAAAGAGAUGGCUGAAACUGGAAUUGAUAACGCCGAAGCAGUGGAAGUCGCUCGCUUGGAAUCUGAGCUCCAGCGAUAUGCCGCGUUUUUUGACAGACUCGCAAGGGAUGUCAGGGAAUGGCGGGAUACUAUGGAAGUGUCAUUGUUUGCUCUGCGUCAAUGGGGCAUUGCGUUUGGUGCUGUCUUGGGUCUUACGCCUUCCCCGUCCGCUCUAAACCCAGACCUCAUACCCGAUUCACCAAGUGGACAGGCAAUCGACACAUCAGAUCCUGAGAUACGCUCAGAAGCAUAUGAUGCUUUUACAAGUUUGCUAUCCUCCCUCCCGCCGCUUUGCGAUGUGUUUGACGAGCGCCUAAGAGAGAGAUUCAUACCAGUUCUGUGCGAGCUCAAGGCCAUGCUUGAACCCCCUAAAAAACUCCUGAGUGCCAUGCACGCACUUACUCCCUUACACGCUGCCCUUCUCCACACCCCCUUCUCACCGUCCAAGGGCCGCCGACCUGCACAAGCCCUGCUAACCGCCUCGCAGUCAUAUCUCGCGCUCCGCUCGGCGCUUGCUGCGGAGCUUCCGUUGCUCCUGUCUGCUCUGAAACGAGCGACUGCCUUUGCAGUACGUAUUCUCGCCGACGAACAAGCCAACUUGUACGUUAUGAUUGCGGAUCGUUGGGCCGAGCUGUGGGAUGCGCUGCGUGUAGAUGGGGAACGAUGUGGUGGUUCCGAGGAAACGUUACGCGUCUGGUGGGAGCGGUGGAGCGAGGUUGAGGAGCGUCUGCCUAAGUUGAAGAUUACUCGGCGAGAGAAAUGGUGGGCGGAGCGGGAACGGGAACUCAAGGAAGGUCGUGACUUCAGGAGUGAAGCCCGAGACAAGUCCAGAGAUGCCAAUCGGGAGAGGCAGGCAAGAAAAGCCGGUGUGCCGGCGUCCGGGUCCAGUGCGACUGGGUUCGAUUCCCAGAUCGUUACCGUGCAGUCGUCUCCCAACUCCCAAGCACGACGUCAACAUCAUUCCCAUGUCUCCAACAGCACCCCCACCUCGGACAAGCGCCGCAGCGGAAGCAGUGCUGUUACACCACCACCCCAAGUAAUACAACGGCGACCCUCGGAUGAGUCUUUUCGCUCGGGGAAAUCUGGAAAAUCGUCCGGCUAUGGUGGUAGAUCAGGUAGAAAUAGCAGAGUGGACGAUGAACCACCCGUACCCCGGCUAAAACCCAACUUCGUAGCGAGUUAUUCCAAUGGUCCCCAACACAGAAAGAGUGCACCAACUAUUACUACCUUGCGCACCUCCGCGUCCUCCACCUCACAAACUUUAGCCGACGUCGACGCAGGUUAUCCACCCUCACCGCUUUCACGUGAUGUGUUUGAUGAUGACGAGCAAGACAGGGGGCGAAGCCAACGCCGCCCAAGUUUCAAGAGUAAGAUCACAGACCCAUUCAAGCCAGCCCAUCACCGCCGUCGAUCCUCCUCUGUCAAAUCGCUAGGCGCGCCGUCUUCCCUCGCUGCCUACUCGAUGGACAUACCACUUCCUUCCUAUUCUCCCUCCGCUCAAUUUGCACAUCAUGCAAUUCAUUCAACGUCGACCCCUACUUCGCGACCACGAGCAUCCCCCACCCUCGCAACCACUCGUGCUCUUUACACGACCCGUGUCAUCCAUGCUUGCGAACCACCACCUGGUGUCUCAUAUCGCGGACUUCCUUUUUUUACACUUGAGUACGGUGACAUGUAUGAUGUCUUGCGGGAAUACGGCCAUCCCUCGACGCAUGCAGAUUUGCCGUUGUAUGUGGACGAUGGUGAGGAUUGCCUCUUACUUGUGCGGGAGCGAGCGAAGGGGAACGGGAACAGUGAAGGGAGUGAAGUGGGCUGGGCGCUGGCGAGUUUCUUGGUCCCUGUCGACUAGACGAGGCGUUGCACGGUGACUCCGCAUGUUUCUCAACAUGAACUUCUGAUCUUGAUUUUUUUUUCUUUUCAUUUCCAUCUCUUCAUUGAUCUGGACCCUCCUUCCCCCGAGUCAUUCUCUUUCCAUCUUUCCCAUCGUCGCCAUCACUUGAGCUACACCUUCCCCCCGCAACUGACGAGAUUCAUGGUUACUGCAUAUGUAAACUUUUACUAAUCGGGAUGUGAACAGCAUUGCCUUCCGCUUCCACGAUAUCCGCUCCCGUUUAGCCUAUCACCAAGUUGUUUUCGGGCUUACCGUGCCCCCCUUUGUUAGUGUCCAUGUACUUAUACCUCAGAAUGUACUUAGAGGACACAUUAUCGGGACAAAAUAUAAUUUAGUGCUCCGAUCCAGGCAGACGUUGGCAACGGGAGCAACAAGGUGAACAGAAGAAAGUGGCAAAGGCAGUUGAGGUCUCAGCCUAAUACACAUCGACA